AUGAAAGAGAGAAGUGAAUCUGAUAAAAUGGAAGAAAUAAUGCUUCCAGGGUUUAGAUUUCACCCAACUGAUGAAGAGCUUGUUGGGUUUUAUCUUAAAAGAAAAGUACAACAGCGCCCUCCUUCAAUGGAAUUUAUUAAGCAACUAGACAUUUACAAAUAUGAUCCAUGGGAUCUUCCAAAAAUGGCGACCACCGGAGAGAAAGAGUGGUAUUUUUACUGUCCUAGGGAUAGAAAAUACAGAAACAGUGCAAGGCCUAACCGAGUAACUGGUGCAGGGUUUUGGAAAGCCACUGGCACUGACCGCCCCAUAUAUUCCUCAGAAGGCAACAAAUGCAUUGGCUUGAAGAAAUCUCUUGUUUUCUACAAAGGUAGAGCAACCAAAGGGGUCAAAACUGACUGGAUGAUGCAUGAGUUUAGGUUGCCUUCUCUUGCUGACUCCGCUCCUCCCAAGAUAUUCUUAGAGAAAACCCUUCCUCCCAAUGAUGCAUGGGCGAUAUGCAGGAUAUUCAAGAAAACCAACUCCACGGCUCAAAGAGCACUUUCUCAAUCGCGGGUUUCUCAAGUACCUGAAACAUCAUCAUCAUCGAUAUCUGAGGUGCCUAGCAUGCCCUUGACUGCAAAAACCAGUUUAAACCUUAAUGUUGACCUGCUGCAGACAUCCAAUGGUGCAUUUUCCAGUUUAGACUUUGUCCCUUACAAGCCUCCUCAACAUUCAAUGUCAAACGGGGACCUCACUAGUCUUGUUUUUACACCUCUUGACCAUACCUCAACAGAUUCCAGAGCUGUUGAUGUUACUUCCAUGUUGCUAAACAUGUUAUCUUCCAUACUUGGAGAUCAUUACUGUGGUAGGGCCACAGAUGGUUUACAUUUUGGUGGCGGCUUCACAGGGACAUUGCCACAUGAGCUGCAAGGGAACAACAUGAUGAGUGGUGGAGACCAUGAAAGUUCCCUAUUUAAAAGCUUGAAUGUUGGAAGCCAUGGUGAUGAUCAGUGGGGUGGUGUUAGGUCCAUUGGUUUUCCCAUCAGUAUGCCUUUGCCUAUGAAUGUUAUGGGAGAUGCUUGGAAGCCAAGCCUAGCUUGGGAUUCUUCAUGUCCUAGUGAGAUGUCAACAAGUUUUUGCUCCACCAAGUGUUAUACUUGAUGUAAUUGAUAAUACUGUGAAAAGUGUUUUUUCCAGUUUAGAAAUUAGCCAGCAAGUUCUUGUUAGGAAAAAAAAAUAUGU